UAUCUCUUAUCAAAAAUGGCGUUAAGUGACAGCAAGUCCGCUAUGCUUAUCACUUUAUUAAUUUUAUUAUUUUCUGCACUGAAAUGUACUGCAAAUGAUAUAUUAGGAUGCGGUGGAUUCGUCAAAAGUCAUGUCACUUUGGAUUUCUCUAAAAUAGAAAUAGGACUAUACACGAAAGAUGGGAGUCUCAAAGAAAAGACAGAAUGCGCUCCUACUAAUGGAUACUAUUUUCUACCUCUAUAUGAGAAGGGUGACUACGUAUUGAAGGUCCACCCACCACCAGGCUGGAGCUUUGAGCCAUCCACAGUUGACCUUUCUGUGGAUGGUGUCACAGACAAAUGUUCUGCAGGGCAGGACAUAAAUUUCGCCUUUAAUGGUUUCGGUAUAGCCGGUAAAGUAAUCACCGAUGGCCAAACCCAAGGUCCUGCUGACGUUGCAGUUCAACUAGUGAACAGUAACAACGAAGUCAGAAAUACUGUGACUGCUGUUGGUGGUGACUUUUAUUUUACUCCAGUUAUCCCUGGGAAGUAUACUUUGAAGGCUUCUCAUCCAAAAUGGAAGUUGGAACCAUCACAAUCUGUAGUACAAGUGAAGGAGGGCAACACGGUGCUUCCUUUAGGAGUGCUCAAAGUGAAAGGUUAUGAUGUGACUGGCUCUAUAAUUUCUUUUGGAGAGCCUAUCAGCGGUGUUUAUGUGCUUUUGUAUUCAAAAGAAGAAAAUCCCAAGUUUCGGGUAGAAGGUUGCAAUACAGCUUUACUUCAGGGUGUCCCAGAUUCACCAAUUUGUCAUUCUGUAACUGAUGCAUCAGGAGAGUUCAGAUUUGGACUUGUACCCGCUGGAGAGUACAAACUUCUGGUGUUGCCCACUUCACCCGGUCAAAUUGCAGUCACAUACAAUAUUAAACCUGAAUCAGUUCCAUUUGUUGUUAAACACAACAGCCUCUACAUCAAGAAUGCUUUUGAGGUUUCAGGGUUCACGCUAAUAGGAACGGCUGUAGGUUCUGUUGGCGGUAAAGGACUAUCAGGAGCAAGGGUGCUACUCGAUGGUAAAGCAAUAGGGAAUACUGAUGCUGCUGGAAAAUUUACCCUGGGAAAUCUGAAGCCUGCAGUCUACACUGUAGGCUUGCAACAUGAUCAAUGUGAAUUUGAAGAUAUUCAGUUAACUGUGACACCAAAUGGUCCGAGCAGCACAGUCAUCCUUAAAGCAUCGAGAUGGCGCGUCUGUGGGUCUGUGACUCCACCAGUCAAAACACUUAGAAUCACGCCUGAUCGUGGAUCUGCUGAGGUCUUGUCUAUUACUCCUGAAGAAACUGGUAAUUGGUGUACAUACCUUCAUCCUGGAGUCUACACAGCUAAGGUUGAAGUCACCGAGCAAGAACAGCGGGAUGGCUUACAGUUUUUCCCGCUCUCUCAACAAAUAUCGGUUGGGAGCGCUGCCGUGGAGGGAGUGAGGUUCUCGCAGCUGAAGGGCACAGUGCGGGGCCGCAUCGAGUGCCGGCAGCAGGACGAGUGCCGCUCCGUGCCCGUCACGCUGCGGGCCCGAGCCGCCGACGGCGCGCACCUCGGGGACCCCGUCACCACCCUCGCCGUCGAUGGCGAGUACACGUUCACGGACGUGGUGGCGGGCAGCGUGGAGCUGUCCGUGGGCGGCAGCAGGCUGUGCUGGCAGGAGGAGCGCCUCGUGCUGCCGCUGCUGCGGGACACCACGCGCGCGCCGCCCUUCCGGCACCUCGGCUACGUGCUGCGUCUGCACUCCUCGCACGACAUCCAGGUGGAGUACGAGAGCGCGGCGUCGAGCGGCGUGCUGCAGGUGCCGCGCGGCGCCAGCCAGGCCUGCGUGGAGGGGGCGGCGCGCUACCAGCUCACCCCCCGCGGCCCCCACCUGUUCCAGCCGCCGCGCGCGCACGCCGACACCACGGCGCAGCUCCCGCCGACGAUACACUUCGUGGCCGUGGCGCACGCGGCGACGCUGCGGGUGACGUCACCGCUGUCGGUCGAUGACCUCGUGCUGAACAUCGACACGGACGAGUCCGGGGAGGAGCAGCAAGUGGGCCCCCUGACGCCCCAGGAGCAGCCCACCGGGGGGUACUCCUAUGAGCACACUAUUUAUUUGGCAGAGGGCUCGGAGGCUCAAGUGUCGGCCUACUCCAGCCGCCUGCUGUUCUCUCCGCCGCGGGGCCGCGCGGGGGCCGGGGGGGCGCUGCUGCUGCGGGGGCGGCCCGCGCUCACCGUGGCGGGCACCACGCAGCCCCCCCUGCCGGGCGUCACCGUCACGCUCAGCGCAGAGGACAUGUCGCUGACGCAAGUGACGACGGAGGACGGCACGUACAGCUUCGGGCCGCUGGACUCCAGCAAGUCGUACUCCGUGACGGCGGAGAAGGAGUCCUACGUGUUCGCGGCGCCCGACGCGGACGGCGUCAUCCGCGCGCACAAGCUGGCCGAGAUCGUGGUGGAGCUGGUGGACGACGCGGACGACACCCCCCUGCAGGAGGCGCUGGUGUCGGUGAGCGGCGGCGCGUACCGGCGCACGCAGUCGGGCGCGGCGCUGACGUUCGGUUCGCUGGCGCCGGCGCAGUACUACGUGCGGCCGCACCUCAAGGAGUACCGCUUCGCGCCGCCGCACCGCCUCGUGCUGGUGCGGGACGGCGCCGCGCACCGCGUGCAGCUGCGCGGCGUGCGCACGGCGUGGUCGUGCUGCGGGCGCGCGCGCGACGUGUCGGGGCGCGGCUGGGCGGGCGCGGGCGUGCGCGCAGUGCCGCACCACGAGCGCUGCCCCUCCGCGCACGCAGAGCACGCCACCACUGACGACGACGGCUCCUUCAGGAUCCGCGGCCUGCUGCCGGGCUGCACCUACACCAUCGAGCUGCAAGAGUCCGACGCCCCCGAGCUGGCGGGGCUGAAGAUCGUUAGAGCGCCGGCUACAAUCGAGGUGACGGACAACAAGGACAUCCUGGGCGUGGAGCUGGUGGCGGUGCGGCCGCAGCGCACCACGGACGGCGCCGUGCUGGUGCGCGCCGCGCUGCCGCACUACCGCACGCUGGUGCUCAGCCUCGCCGCGUCUGCCGCGACUGCCGCGUCCGCCGCGCCCGCCCGCAUCUACUCCGUCAAGCUGGACCCCGCGGGCUACACGGAGGCUUCGAACCCGGGGCUCGUGUACGCGCUGCCGCGGCUGCCGGCGGACAACAGGUCGUACGUGCUGUCGCUGGAGUCCACGCUGCCGCGCGCCACGCACUCCUACGGGGACCACGUCUACCACUUCAACUCCGAUGGGAACUACAAACAUUUCACCAUUGAUUUCGUGCCGAAGGUGAGAGCGUCGGAACAAGAGCUGCGGGCCAGCUCCAUGCUGGCGCUGCCGCUGCUGGCGCUGCUGGCGGCGCUGUACGCCGCGCGGGCCCGCCUGCUCGACGUCGCCGCACGCGCCAUGCGCCGGCACCCCACGCCCACCAAGCAGCACAAGAAGAAGCUAUGAGACGCCCCCCCCCGCCCCUCUAGGGAACCUUAACGCUUUGCCUAUUUCUACCGUGAAGCAGUAAUGCGUUUCGGUUUGAAGGGUGGGGCAGCCGUAGUAACUAUACUUGAGACCUUAGAACUUAUAUCUCAAGGUGGGUGGCGCAUUUACGUUGUGGAUGUCUAUGGUUACCGGAAACCACUUAACAUCAGGUGGGCUGUGAGCUCGUCCACCCAUCAAAGCUAUAAAAAAAAAGUCAAUGAAUUGAGUCAUCAAACUUGAAGUAACGUAGAUUGGAGGGAAUAAGGACUAGACAAAUCUGGGCUGUCACAAUGCUCUUGUGAGAUUUAAAUUUGUUGAAUUGAAAAGGAAUUUUAUUUAGUGUUUAUGAAUUUAAAUAAUUUAAUUUAGUCAUUAAAGUUUUGUAACUGAUUAAAGAUAUUGAAAAUUUAAGUACCUACCUAACAACUAAACAGUGCCAGCCCUAUUGAAAAACUUUAUUGUCCCCAUAUGUGACCCCCAAAAGCCAAGGUGGAUCAGGUCAAGCUAGUUUUUUAAGCUUUUGUGUAUAUUUUUAAAUUUUCAAUGAAUUAUGUAUAAUAAUGCAUCAUAUAUGAAAAUUUUAACCUCUGGAAACAUUUUAAUCUCAAUACCAAUAAGUAUUAUCCUAAGAAAAACUGUUGAAAUUUUGUGUCGGGAUUAGAAAGCCCUCCGAUUUCCCCCAAUCUACUGUAAUAGUUUAACAAUGAAUUGUCAUGUUUUUUUUAACGGCAUGAAUCUUGUAAAUUGUUACAAUUUUUGUGACCAUUUGAUGAUACUCUGUAGCCUAGUACUGGCGGCGACUGGUGGACCGCGGCCGCGCGUCUUCAUAUUGCAAAGACACAAUUCAUUCCGGUUUCAAAGAUUUCAAUUGCUCUUAUAGUAUAUAUCGUUGAUUGAAUACAAUCAAACUUCAUAUCUCAAGCCAUUCACGUCCGUGGGCUUCAGUAGACACUAAACUAGAUAGCUGUGAGAUCUUCCAUGUAUCUAUACAAUAAAAACAUAUCGAGAGAAUUAGAAGUAAUGUCGCGCACGUAAGAUAUUGGUCAACCUUAACAAAGUUACAUUUUUUUAAAUGUAUCAUAAUGUUGCUUCCUCGGCCCGGACAUGUUCACAUAUUCAUUUCGUGUCACAUCAAUGUGAGAACACUUACUGCUCUGUGUCCCCUCUGUUGUACUCUGCACGCGCACAGAGUACAGCGGAGUCAUAAUUGAAGUGUUGAGUGGAUGAAGGGGUUAAGUACUAUUUUUAAGAUUUUUGAGUUUUUACGUUAAAUGAAGGUGUUAUGUGCCCAUAAACCAUAUUAAACCUUAAAACUUCCGGUUUUAUAGCUAUUUUUAGAAAUUGCAUAUGAUGGAGUUAUAUACGAAGAAAAGGUACAAGUAACAUAAGUUUGUUGCCCGUUUUCUCAAAAUUAAUAAAUUGUAUCAUAUCCCCUUUAUCAACUCAUGGUCAUCCAUCCAAUUAUGGAGGCUAGAGAUAUAAAGGAGAAUCUACUGUGUAUAUGAAAAGUGUCCUUCGUAAUUUAAUUAUGGUGGCGCCACAUUAGCAUCAAAGUACAUUUUAAAAGAAGCGCCAAAUAUUAUUAGAGCGAGUUUAGAUAUUUUUUCAUAAAAUGAAAUUUUUAUAAUUAAAUAAUAGUACCAUUCACAGUUUACAAAAUAAAAUCACUCUAGGUACACGUUUUCGUGUAAUAAUUCUUUAAGAUUAUAUCAACUUCAUUAUUUUGUGCAACAUAAGUUGUUGAACUUUUCAAUAAUUAGCUACUUUAGCCGAAAUGAUAUUAAUUUUUUUAACUUUGCCAUACUUCAAUUCGUCUAUAAUUGGUACAUUCAUAUCAUCCUUUGUCUACACCAGACCGAUUGUGAAAGGUUUUUUAAUUGUUAUUUAUAGCUUCGACACUCUUUCAACUUCUCUUCAGUAUGAGAUGAUUCUUCUCACCUCUACAGGCACCCUCCACAGGCAAAAAAAGUUGUAAAAUAAUAAAAAAAACGCAAUGAAUUUAUUUAUUUUGUUAUGUUUUAAUGCAUUUACGGUGAUUGUGGUGUGGUUGAUUUAUGAUUUAUUUGAGUUAAGAUGUAAAAUAAAUUAUUUAAGUACACAAUAACAA